GGCUCCUAAAUCUAGGUCUAGAAGCCUCUUUGGCUUUUGCAGAAGCUGGCUGCUGUUUCUGUGUAAUAAGGUGGAAAUAUGGUAAAUAACCAAGGGGUCUGUCUCACAUGCAUUUUACUGCAGGUGCUGAUAUUAGGGCUGGAGGAACUGGUUAAUGCCCGUAAUAUCGAACGUCUCAAAAAGGACCUGAAGGCAUGUUACAAUCUGAUAGACAGUUUCCUGGAACCAGGAAAAUGCAGUGCUGAUCUGACCCAAUGUAUGGAAUGUGCCAUGUCACCCUCCAGGGCAAUACUGCAGGAUUGCCUGGAAGCUUUUGCCUCUGCAGCAGAAUCACGGUUUGGCAGCCUGCUUGUGAACGGUCGGGUGCUGUGUGCAACAGAGCAGUGGUGGCAGCUGGCAGCUCCAGAGGCUAUGCUGCUGGUGUGGCUGGUGCAGUCACUUCCUCCCCAUGCCUCCCGGGAUCUACCUGUUUACCUUCCUCAUGGGAGUCCCACGGUUCCCCAUCGCUUCCUGACCUUCCAGCUUGUGUCUGGUUUGGAGGUGCUGCUUCUGUGUGGACCUAAUCCCUCCUUACAGCGUGUGACUGAUGAGCUAGUGAUGCAAUUUUGGCAACCACUGCUGGAUCUUUUGAUGGCAAGUGCCAGGGGCCCUCUUCUGUGUCUGCCUCCAGGCAUUACUCUCGCCCCUGAGGUCCUUGGGCUGUUGCUGAUCAACCAAGAUCAGAGAAGAAGUCUUUUCACAGUGCAUCCUCAUGGUAGCUGGACUGAAGGAUCUGAAAUGCCCCUGAAGGAUCGUCUCUCUGCUCUCCGCACCUUCUAUGCUUUAGCCAUUUCAUUGUACUUCCCCUCUGAGAAGCCAGAAGAGAAUACUGCCCCUUUGCAGGAAGAGUUCCAGGCUGGUUUUUCUCAUUCUCCUCAGCACUGCUAUGUGGUCUACACCACACACAAGGCCUAUGCAAUCCAUGGGAAAAGGCAUCAACUCUUCCUGAUCGUGAAGCCAGACAUCCCAACCUUUGCUCUGCGGUCUCUGGCACUGUGCACAUUACAGACCCUCACAGCUGAGGACUCAGCCCUCUGAAGGUGAUGCUGUGUGUUACUUACUGAACUCAAAGCCAACAGCUUUGAGUUGAUUUCUCCUCUCAUAAGCCUACAGAAUGGUGGUGGUGGUGGUGAGAAGAAGCACCUGGACUUUUUGUACAAGAUGUGAUUACCUUGUAAGAGGAAGACUGGAUUUGUGGACUAAUUUUCACAUUAGAAUUCCAUUCAACCUCAAGCCCUUAUUUAAGGAGACAGUUGAGCUAAUGAUGGACUGCAAGUUUUGGCCUCACAUCUCUCCUCCCUUUAAAAAAAAUAAAAAGUUUACAGUUAUA